CUCUGCUCCGAGUUCCUGGUUGGAUAAUUUGGGUUAAUACUAGUGAGUGAGGUUUUUGCGGCUUCAAAGGGUAUUUCAAGUUUCCGGAGCUCCUCCCCUCUGCACCGUGUGACAACAACAACUCGUCCAGCCGGCAGCCUGCACUUUUCAGCUCAUUUUCUCUCUGUCAUUCCCCUCUCAAUCUUUGAUCAAUGUACUUGCCAGGGAGAACCCAAGUCCUUCAAACCUCCUCCUUUUCACCUUCAUCCUUAACUUUGUGCUAGAGAGCGGGACCCACACAACCACAGCCGACCCUUCCCGCCCCCGCCCGACCCCCCCCCCCUCCCCACCAACCCCCGAUCCCAGCCCCCGGAGAGGACUCACAUUUCGACUUGCGGGACACUUUUGUGCGUUUCUCUCCAGAGCGCCUCUCGCGCUCGCCCCUUUUGCGCUCGCUCGCUCUCUCACCCUCACCUCCUUUCCCCUCUUCUGUCCCUUUCUCUUCUCUUCUCUCCCAGAGUUGUGGUGGUUGUGGCCCCCUAGCUCCUUCUCCCUCCCCCCUUUUCUCCCUCCCUCGCCCUCCCCGGGGGUGUGUGUGUGGCAACUUUUCCCCUCGCUUCUCCUCCUUCUGUUUCCCCCUUAUAUGUGACCAUGGCAGUGCCGGCGGCUUUGAUCCCUCCGACCCAGCUGGUCCCCCCUCAACCCCCGAUCUCCACGUCUGCUUCCUCCUCCGGCACCACCACCUCCACCUCCUCUGCGACCUCGUCUCCAGCUCCGUCUAUCGGGCCCCCGGCGUCCUCGGGGCCAACUCUGUUCCGGCCGGAGCCCAUCGCUUCGGCGGCGGCGGCGGCGGCGGCGGGCACAGUCACCUCCACCGGCGGCGGCGGCGGCGGCGUGGGCAGCGGAGGCGGCGGCGGCGGCGGCAGCGCGGGCAACGGAGGCGGCGGCGGCGGCGGCUGCAACCCCAGCCUGGCGACCGCGGGCGGCGGCGGCGGCGGCGGCGGCGGCGGCAGCAUCAGCGCCGGCGGCGGCGUUGGCGCCUCCAGCACCCCCAUCAACGCGAGCACCGGCGGCGGCGGCAGUAGCAGUAGCAGUAGCAGCAGCAGCAGCAGCAGCAGCAGUAGCAGUAGCAGCAGCUGCGGCCCCCUCCCCGGCAAACCCGUGUACUCGACCCCGUCCCCAGUGGAAAACACCCCCCAGAAUAAUGAGUGCAAAAUGGUGGAUCUGAGGGGGGCCAAAGUGGCUUCCUUCACGGUGGAGGGCUGCGAGCUGAUCUGCCUGCCCCAGGCUUUCGACCUGUUCCUGAAGCACUUGGUGGGGGGCUUGCACACGGUCUACACCAAGCUGAAGCGGCUGGAGAUCACGCCGGUGGUGUGCAAUGUGGAGCAGGUUCGCAUCCUGAGGGGACUGGGCGCCAUCCAGCCCGGAGUGAACCGCUGCAAACUCAUCUCCAGAAAGGACUUCGAGACCCUCUACAAUGACUGCACCAACGCCAGUUCUAGACCUGGAAGGCCUCCUAAGAGGACUCAAAGUGUCACCUCCCCAGAGAACUCUCAUAUCAUGCCACAUUCUGUCCCGGGCCUUAUGUCUCCUGGGAUAAUCCCACCAACAGGUUUGACAGCAGCAGCUGCAGCAGCUGCCGCUGCUACCAACGCAGCUAUCGCCGAAGCAAUGAAGGUGAAAAAAAUCAAAUUAGAAGCUAUGAGCAACUAUCACGCCAGUAAUAACCAACAUGGAGCAGAUUCUGAAAAUGGGGACAUGAAUUCAAGUGUUGGCAGCAGUGAUGGUUCUUGGGAUAAAGAAACACUGUACUCUUCCCCACCCCAGGGAUCUAAGGCUUCUGUUACCCACCCCCGCAUACCUGGAGUGCAUAGCCUUCCAGUUAGUCAUCCUCUCCACCAUCUUCAGCAGAGCCACCUUCUGCCAAAUGGACUGGAGCUUCCUUUUAUGAUGAUGCCCCACCCUCUAAUUCCUGUCAGCCUACCUCCAGCAUCUGUCACCAUGGCAAUGAGCCAGAUGAACCAUCUUAGCACCAUUGCAAAUAUGGCGGCAGCAGCACAAGUUCAGAGUCCCCCAUCCAGAGUUGAGACAUCUGUUAUUAAGGAGCGUGUUCCCGACAGCCCAUCACCCGCCCCCUCCCUGGAGGAGGGCCGAAGGCCUGGCAGCCACCCAUCAUCACACCGCAGCAGCAGUGUGUCCAGCUCUCCAGCUCGGACUGAGAGCUCCUCGGACAGAAUUCCUGUCCAUCAGAAUGGGUUGUCCAUGAACCAGAUGCUGAUGGGUUUGUCACCAAAUGUACUCCCUGGGCCCAAAGAGGGAGAUUUGGCUGGUCAUGACAUGGGACAUGAGUCGAAAAGGAUGCAUAUUGAAAAAGAUGAGACCCCGCUUUCCACACCAACUGCGAGAGACAGCCUUGACAAACUUUCUCUAACUGGGCAUGGACAACCACUACCUCCAGGAUUCCCAUCUCCUUUUCUGUUUCCUGAUGGAUUGUCUUCCAUAGAGACCCUUCUGACUAACAUACAGGGGCUCUUGAAAGUUGCCAUAGACAAUGCCAGAGCUCAAGAAAAACAGGUUCAACUUGAAAAAACAGAACUGAAGAUGGAUUUUUUAAGGGAAAGAGAACUAAGGGAGACACUUGAGAAGCAGUUGGCAAUGGAACAAAAGAAUAGAGCCAUAGUUCAAAAGAGGCUAAAGAAGGAGAAGAAGGCGAAGAGAAAAUUGCAGGAAGCACUUGAAUUUGAGACCAAACGGCGUGAGCAAGCCGAACAAACACUAAAACAGGCAGCUUCAACAGAUAGUCUCAGGGUCUUAAAUGACUCUCUGACCCCAGAGAUAGAAGCUGACCGCAGUGGCGGCAGAACAGAUGCCGAAAGGACAAUACAAGCAUGGUUUAAGCUGGAAAAUGAAAAUUAUAUUCACCAGAUUUUUCAAGACACUUAAGUUCAUGACAAAUUAUGGAAGACUGUAUUUGAAAACUACUGUCAUGUACUGAAUCUUUCCUGUUGAAGAAACCCAUGUUAUAGUAAAGAACUCUGCAGUCAGACGUUCGUCAUUGGAAAGUUUGGAAAAAAAUAAAGUCCUUUUAAGGGAACUUCCUCAAUUUUGUGUAUUAAUGUUCUUUAAAAGUUUAAGUAUUCUACAAAAAAAAAGGUUUUCCUUUAUUGAUUUUCAUCUGUGGUUCAUACCAGAGACCUGAGAAUGUUUGUAAAUGUACAAGUAUCAAACUUCAUACAGUUAAUAACUGCAACUUUGCUGCUGGACACUUGUAUACAGUUUAAAAGCAGGUCUGAAUAAGACCUACCUUUGUUUUUUUAAUGGAAUGAACCAUUUUCCUCUUCUGAAAAUUCUGUGUCUGAGCACAUCAAGACUCUUGUAGCACUGGUCACCUAGACUUACAGAAUUAUGUCCUCCAGAAACCAGCAAGAACACUUGGAAAUAAACUUGUAGAGGACAUAGAGGAUUCCUAAAAAAUCAGAAAUCACAGAAUAAUAUUGUUACAUUCUAUUUUAAACUCUCUAACUGUGGUUUUUCUCCUGAAGAUUUUUGUCUCAUGUACUUUCCAAAAGACCAACAAAUGGAUAUUGACAACAACCCCGUGAAAUAACAUUUUGCAUAUCUGAAAAGAAGCAUUGGAUAUAAGCCAAAAGGUUUCACUGAAGGUCUUUUUACCUUAAAAAAUAUAUAAAUGUAACAUGUUUUCAUUCCAAACUGGUAAUGGUAUAUAGAACUUAAAAUGAUCAGGAUGCUUCUUCUUCAAACUGUUGGUCACAUGUACAGUAUAUAAACAUAAAACAUACAAGGAAGGUAUUAUGUAUGCAGUAGUAUACUAGAGUUUAGGAAAAUGAAAAUUUUAGAAAAUAUGUUUUGUCACCCUGUUGGUCAGAAAGACACCUUUCUGGUUUUAACGCAUGCAGGCAUGUAAAUAUUUGUCUGGAGUCACAGUAUUAAUGAAUGAGAUCUUAUGCAUCUGGUGACAACAGAACUCUGUGUCAGCCACUUUUAUUUGUAUAUUGAACCCUAGUUAGUGCCCCAAACUGCACUAUUGAGAAUGGAUUGUGGCUGAAUAGUAAAUCAAAACACCAGAAAUAUUUUUAUAUGUUAAUGUCAUAUUAUGUUAAUGUUGCUGAAAGACAAAACCUAACAAACUCUUGAUCCUUGAUGUAUCAGUCCAAUACCAUGUAGCGCUGAGUGAUAAAGUUCAAAUGUGUUGUGCUUCCCACCCUGGUCAGAGGGAAGGGUGCCUAUGUGUUAUUUUCACUUGUCUUCUUGAGAGUUACCAUAUGUGUUUUCACUUUUGUGCAGAUAACUGGAAGUCAAGCUGCAAACAGUGCUUACUACAAGCUGAAGUUACCUUCUCUUUGUUUUUACGUACUUUGAGUUACACCUUUAAAGACUGAAAUCAUGAGUCAGUACAGUUGCUGGACAUUUUAUGAUUUUGCUGUCAUCUUAAAAUUUUAUGAUCCUAACAUUAUUUAUUACCAUAAAUAGCAAAAUCUUAAAUGGCCAAGGAAACUAGCUUCAACAUGUUUAAAGAUAGUUCUCAUUGGCUAUUAAUGAUUUGGUUAAGAAAUUAACAUUAUAGAUACACUGGCACUAAGCUUCUAUAGUUUUUAGGUCUUCCUUGCAAUACUGAAACAUAUUUCUUUUGUGUAGCUCGCUAUUAACCAGCUAAGGCCAUUUUUAAUACAAUAAAAAGGUUAUAUAUGCAGUUCCUAUUUUUAGCUUGCUUAAAAGGGAGCAAUAUUUUUAUUUAAAACACUGUUAGUAAGUGCUUUCUAGAAACUUGGUUUUCUAAGCAUAAUUCUUCCAUAAACAUCUUUUGUUAUUUGAACACAAGAGAUUUUAUUCCUUGUUGUAUGUAUUUCUUGCUUUUCCCUGUAUGCAGUCUUUAAAGGAUUAUAACACUUAAAAUCAGAGGGACUUGUGGCAACCUUUUGAAUUAUACAUUUUUGAAAGCUUUUUUUUAAAAGCCCACAACUUCCAUAAGUAGUAAUCAGCCAUUGCUCUGCUUCUUGCAUAGAGUCACCUGUUAAGUAGGUUAAAUAGUUUUAAAAUACAUAUUUUCCAGACCUUUGAGAAUGCUUUAGUGUUUGGUUCACUAUAAAAGGAAAUUUUAGAAAGGAAUAAAAAAAAAGCUAUCAGCUAUAUGCUAAGAGAGAAUCUUACUAACAUGUUGUAAAUAUUACAAGUCAAGAAAUGUUAUUUUAAGUCUGUAACUUAAGUUUUUUACCCUUUAUUAGUUAUACAGGUUGGUUUAAAAUUCGUUUUUUGGUUUAAACAAGUGAAAUUGUGCCCAUUUUAUGGUUUCCAUGCUUUUGUAAUCCUAAAAUUAUUAAUGUCUAGUUGUUCUAUAUUAUAACCACAUUUGCGCUCUAUGCAAGCCCUUGAAACAGAACAUACUCAUCUUCAUGUAGGACCUAUGAAAAUUGUCUAUUUUUAUCUAUAUAUUUAAAGUUUUCUAAAAAUGAUAAAAGGUUAUUACGAAUUUUGUUGUACAAAAUCUGUACAAAAAUCUGUUUUUACAUCAUAAUGCAAGAAUUGGAAAUUUUUCUAUGGUAGCCUAGUUCUUUGAGCCUGGUUUCAAUGUGAGAACCACGUUUACUGUUAUUGUAUUUAAUUUUCUUUUUCUUUUCAACAAUCUCCUAAUAAAACUGUCUGAAAUCUC